UUCAACCUAAUAAGGAAAUCAAAGUGGUUUCAGCUGUCAGGAGAAGCAGUGUCACCAGUCUGACAGGGGGAGCUGGCCCCUACUACAACAGCCCACCCCUUCUGGGGCUCCCACCAGGCUCUGAGUGCAACCCCAAGUCAGUGCUGAAGAGACGGGUAACCAGUGAAGAGCUGUUGUCUCCAGGAGCCCCCUAUGUGAAGAAGACUCUAACAAUCGUAGGAGAUGCUGUGGGUUGGGGAUUUGUAGUUCGAGGAGGAAGACCCUGUCAUAUCCAAGCUGUAGACCCUGGAGGCCCAGCUGCUGCUGCAGGCAUGAAG